AUGACAGGAAUAAAAGAUAAUGGUAACAUUCGGCCUGUAAGGAUUAGAAGCAAACCACCAUCGUCUAUUGAUUCGAGACGUCUAAGUGUAGCUGUAGCAAGACCAAGUUCACCACCACCUCCUCCACCAGUAAAACGACAUUCAACUGGAAACACCACGUAUGGUUCAUUGCCCCGUUCAAUUUACAAUUCUAAAGGAAGGCCAGGCAAUUCAUUGGACAAAAGCAGCACUGAAUCAGCAUCUGAGAAUGGUUCAAAUCAAGGUUCUGAUUUGUACAUGCGAUUUGCUGAUGAACCAUUGUAUCAGUUUUAUGCCGCCGAUAUAUCUGAAAGGACAAAAAGUGUUUUUGCUGGUGACAUGAUGGAAGAUUGUGAUGGUUAUGAAGAAAUUAGUUCAAUCACAAGUAGACCAUCUGCUCUAGAGCUUAUAACACCUUGUACAUCCGGUCAUGGGCAACAUAGAUCUUUAUGGUGUGAAGUUCCAGAAGUAAAAAAUAGUGGCAUUAUAGAAUCGUUAACACCAAGAGAGAGAAAGUUACAAGAAGCCAAGUUUGAAUUAAUAACUUCUGAAGCAUCUUAUUUUAAAUCUCUAACUGUCCUUGAGAAACAUUUCAUAAAUAGUCAUUCAAUGAAUGAUGAUACAAUAUUAAGUAAAAAAGAUCAAAAGAUUCUAUUUGGAAAUGUUAAUCCGGUACGAAAAUGUUCUGAAAAAUUACUAGCGGCAUUAGAAAAAUGUUGGCAAGACAACAUACUGCUUAGUGGACUUAGUGAAAUUUUAUACACACAUUCUAAAGAAAACUUUGACAUUUUUGUAAAAUAUUGCUCAAAUCAAAUUUAUAUAGAUCGCACUUUAAAGUGCUUAAGAGAGAAUCAAAAAUUCAAUGAAGCUUUACAAAGACUGGAAUCAGAUCCAAAGUGCCAAUCGCUCUCUCUUCAUUCGUUCCUAAUGUUACCUAUGCAAAGAAUAACUAGAUUACCUCUGCUUGUUGAUGCUAUUUUGUCACAAAUGGAUUCAAAAGAAAAUUCUUUGGAAUAUCAAAUGUGUGAAUUCACUUUAGCUUCUUUAAAUGCUAUUGUACAAAACUGCAAUGAAAGUACUAGAAAAUUAGAACGUUAUGAAGAAAUGUUGUUACUUAGUCAACAAUUAGAAUUUUCUAGUAAAAAAGAAAUGAAAGCUAUGUCAGUAGCUUCUAGUUCACGCUGGUUAGUUCGUUCUGGUUCUAUGUUGCAUUUGACUGUUCCUGAUGGAAAAUUAACAUUUAGCCGAAAAAUGAUACGACCAACAAAACUUUAUUUCUUCCUAUUCAACGAUAUGUUUUUCAUAGCAAAACGCAAAAGUGACGGAAACUAUACAGUGGUGGAUUACUGUGCAAGAAAUUUUGUAGAAAUGGAACAUACUACUGAAUCCGUACUUACUUCAUCCUAUAAGAAUCUUUUGAAGCUAACUAUUUUAGAAAACCAUGAAGCAAAGACUAUUGAAAUGUUAUUGAGUUGUGAUUCUGAAUCUUCGAAAAAACGUUGGAUUGAAGCAAUGUCCCCUCCUAUCAGCUCCAAUCCUGAAGAAACACUAUACAAUGAAUGGGACUGUCCACAAGUGUUUUCAGAACACCCGUACGUUGCUAUCCAACCAGACGAACUGUCAUUACAAAAUGGUGACAUUGUAAAAGUUUUGACUAAAAUGAAUGAUGGAUGGUACCAUGGGGAGCGGAUUCGUGAUGGUGAGAAAGGUUGGUUCCCUGGAAAUUACACAUCAGAAAUAGCAUCACAACAUGCUAGAGCAAAAAAUCUUAAGCAACGUUACCGUUUGUUAGCCAUGUCUGGAAGUUACCUGCAGUCUCGACAAGAUAAAAUUAAAAAAAAAAAAAUUAGUCAAAUUAUUGAAACUAAAUUAUUGUUAUAA